CCAAAGCAGGCAGUUAGCCAUUUACCGUCAGCCGUAUUACUUUGACUAUACUCACUAUCUUACCCCCAUUUUAGACGAAUUCAAGCCCACAUGUAUUAAUACCCACAACUGAGGUCUGAGCAGGAGAAGACGGACAGCUUUUGAGGGCUUUUUGAAACGAAAACAGAAACAAAAUCCUCCACAAAGAAGAGAGUCGGAGGGGAUUGGAGAAGCAAGAUGAUGCUGAUGGGCAAUGGUAAGGCAUCAUCAAGCAAUCGUGAGGUGGCGUUAAGUCCAGCAGCUCGGUUGUUUCAUGCUCCACGCUUCAACUGUUAUAUCAUCGCCAUCAUCGGUUGCAAGACGCCAAUCAAUCCUAACGUUGUUAAAGCUGGUUUGGAACAUACUUUGCUCAAGCAUCCUAGAUUCUCCAGCAAGUUGGUCGUUGAUGGCAGCAAGUACUGCAGAAAGCAAAAAUGGAGUCAAACGAAAGUAAAUAUGGAGGAUCAUGUUAUUGUUCCUGAAUUGGAUUCCAACAUAGAUUUUCCAGACAGAUUUGUGGAAGACUAUGUGUCAAAUCUCACAAGAACUCCCUUAGACCUCUCAAAACCAUUAUGGGAAAUCCACCUUCUCAACAUCAAAACCUCAGAUGCAGAGGCUGUUGGGAUUUUUAGGAUCCACCACUCAAUGGGGGAUGGUGCAUCUCUAAUAUCUCUUCUCCUAGCUUGCACGAGAAAAACCUCUGACCCUGAAGCAUUGCCUACUAUUCCAGCCAAAAACCGUGCAAGUUCAAAUAAUUCGAACGGGUUUUGGUGGUUCCUUUUAGCAUUUUGGUUGUUUUUAAGGUUGAUUUGGAACACUGUGGUGGAUAUCUUAUUGAUUGCGGCGACCAUUUUAUUUCUAAAAGACAUGAAAACUCCAAUCAAAGGUGCACCUGGAGUUGAGCUGAACAUCAAGAAAUUCGUACAUCGGGCGGUCAGUUUGGACGACAUAAAGCUCGUGAAGAAUGCAAUGAACACGACUGUCAAUGACGUAGUUGUUGGAGUAACUCAAGCUGGCCUUUCCAGAUAUCUGAACCGUAGAUACGCAGGUGAGGAGCAGAAAGAUGGGCGAGUGAAGCAGAGGAAAACCAAUAUUCCAAAAGGUACCCACUUUAGGGCAACCAUUCUUGUCAAUCUACGAAAAACUGUAGGAAUCCAGGAUCUGGCUGAUAUGAUGGCUAAGGGGUCGAAGACCAGGUGGGGCAAUUUGAUCGGAUACUUGCUCCUUCCCUUCAGCAUUGCUUUGCAAGACGACCCAUUGGAGUAUGUUCGACAAGCUAAGGCCACCAUUGACAGAAAAAAGCUCUCACGUGAAGCUAUAUGCACAUAUUCGUGUGCUGAGUUAGUACUCAGAACAUUUGGAGCCAAGGUUGCUGCUGCCAUAACGCACAGAGCAAUCUCCAACACAACAAUGGCCAUUUCCGGCUUGGUUGGCCCGCAGGAAGAAAUUAGCUUUUAUGGCCAUCCAAUGGCUUACCUUGCUCCUUAUGUUUAUGGGCACCCACAUGCACUGACUUUCCAUUUCCAAAGUUACAUGAACAAGAUGACCAUUGCUUUGUCUGUUGAUCCAAGUGUGAUUCCUGAUCCUCACCUGCUCUGCGACGAUUUAGAGGAAUCGCUCAAACUCAUUCGAGAUGCAGUAGUGAGAAAAGGACUAAUCAAGGAUAUUGUCUAAGAUCAGGAGGAUUGGUACGUACAAAGGGAUUUUUUUUUUUUUUUUUUUUU